UGGAACAUGACUGUAAGACUGAGACGCACACAUCACCAACCUUGACCUGCAAAGAAGAAAAUUCUUCUCUGAUGGAAAUGAAAGAGGAACCAAAUUUAAGAGAAUGUGGUGAUGACGAUUCUUCUACAAAACUGAAGUUAGAAAUGUCUGGAUUUACCAAACCUUCACAACUGCCUACUUCCAUGAAGAAGGAGAUAAAAGAGGAGGAAUUUGAUGCUUUCCUACAAGAGUAUCCGUCUACAUUUAAGACAGUGGAAGAAAAGCCUGGACUGGAAUAUGAAUGCAAGACUGAAAUGUACACAUCUACCAUCAUGACAUUGAAAGAAGAAAGCAAUUCACCAAUGGAAAUCAAAAAUGAAGAAGAAUUUGAUUCAAGAGAAUAUGGUGACUUCGACUCUUCACCUACAAGAGGCGUUCAAAGGAUCCAAUCUAACAAAAGAGGGAACACUGAUCAAAAAAGGAACAAAGAGAGCCGUCAUAAACGCCCCCAGUGCAGAAAGACUUCAUACCAGAAAUUACAUCAGCGACUGGACACCAGGGAGAAACAGCAGGAAUGCUCCCAGUGUUUCAAAACAUUUCCUAGAUCUUCCCUUCUUGCAAUUCAUCAACAACUACACACAGGAGAAAAGCCCCACCAGUGCAGUACAUGUGGGAAGGCCUUUAGUCAUCUGUCUGCUCUAAAGACACACCAGAGGAUCCAUACUGGGGAAAGGCCUUACCAGUGCUCUACAUGUGGGAAGGCCUUUAAUCAAUUGUCUCACCUCAAGGUACACCUGAAGAUCCAUACCAAGGAAAAGCCCCAUCAGUGCAGUACAUGUGGGAAGGCCUUUAAUCAUUUGUCUGCUCUAAAGACACACCAGAGGAUCCAUACUGGGGAAAAGCCGUACCAGUGCAGUAUAUGUGGGAAGGCCUUUUGUCAAUUCUCUUCUCUCAAGACACACCAGUGUAUCCAUACUGGGGAAAAGCCCCAUCAAUGCAGUACAUGUGGGAAGGCCUUUAGUAAAAUGUUUCAUCUCAAGACACAUCAGAGGAUCCAUACUGGGGAAAAGCCACACCAGUGCAGUACAUGUGGGAUGGCCUUUAAUCAAUUGUCUAACCUCAAGAAACACCAGAAGAUCCAUACUGGGGAAAAGCCGUAUCAGUGUACUUCAUGUGGAAAGUAUUUCAGGGUUAGCUCCAGCCUCACCAGACACCAGAGGAUCCAUACUGGGGAAAAGCCACAUCAGUGUUCUCAGUGUGGAAAGACCUUUUGUCAGAUUUCUAAUCUCAAGAGACACCAGAGAAUCCAUUCAAAUGAUAAACAACAUGAAUGCUCACAGUGUUUCAAAACAUUUGCUAGACGUUCCGAUCUCUCAAUUCAUCAAAGAAUACACACAGGAGAAAAGCCCCAUCAGUGCAGUGCAUGUGGGAAGGCCUUUAGUCAAAUGUCUUCUCUCAAGACACACCAGAUGAUUCAUACUGGGGAAAAGCCACACCAGUGCAGUACAUGUGGGAAGGCCUUUAGUCAAUUGUCUUCUCUCAAGGCACACCAGAUGAUUCAUACUGGGGAAAAGCCACACCAGUGCAGUACAUGUGGGAAGGCCUUUAGUCGAAUGUCCUCUCUCAAGGCACACCAGACGAUCCAUACUGGGGGAAAGCCACACCAGUGCAGUACAUGUGGGAAGGCCUUUAGUUCAAUAUCUAAUCUCAAGACACACCAGAGGAUCCAUACUGGGGAAAAGCCACACCAGUGCAGUACAUGUGGGAAGGCCUUUAGUCAAUCGUCUGGUCUCAAGACACACCAGAAGAUCCAUACCAGGGAAAAGCCACACCAGUGCAGUACAUGUGGGAUGGCCUUUAAUCAAUUGUAUGACCUCAAGAAACACCAGAGAAUCCAUACUGGGGAAAAGCCGUAUCAGUGUACUUCAUGUGGAAAGUAUUUCAGGGAUAGAUCCCACCUCACCAGACACCAGAGGAUCCAUACUGGGGAAAAGCCCCAUCAGUGUUCUCAAUGCGGAAAGGCCUUUAGACAAAUGUUUAAUCUCAAGUUACACCAGAAGAUCCAUACUGGGGAAAAGCCGUAUCAGUGUACUUCAUGUGGAAAGGCCUUUAGUAACAUGUCUCGUCUCAAGUUACACCAGAAGAUCCAUACUGGGGAAAAGCCGUAUCAGUGUACUUCAUGUGGAAAGUAUUUCAGGGAAAGCUCCAACCUAUCCAAACAUCAGAUUACACAUACAGGAGAAAAGCCACAUCAGUGUUCUCAGUGUGGAAAGACCUUUAAUAGAAUGGAUGAUCUCAAGAGACACCAGAGGAUCCAUACUGGUGAAAAGCCUUAUCAGUGUUCUCAGUGUGAAAAAGCCUUUAGUCAAAUGUCUACUCUCCAGAGACAUCAGAGGAUCCAUUCAAAUGAUUAUACUGUACACCAGUGCAAUACAUGUGGGAAGGCCUUUAGUCAAUUGUCUUCUCUCAAGACACACCAGAGGAUCCAUACUGGGGAAAAGCCCCAUCAAUGCAGUACAUGUGAGAAGGCCUUUAGUACAAUGGCUCAUCUCAAGACACAACAAAGGAUCCAUCCCGGGGAAAAGCCCCAUCAGUGCAGUACAUGUGGGAAGGCCUUUAGACAAUUGUCUGUUCUCAAGACACACCAGAGGAUCCAUACUGGGGAAAAGCCCCACCACUGUUCUCAGUGUGGAAAGACCUCUAAUAGAAUCUCUGUUCUCAAGAAACACCAGAGGAUCCAUUCAAAUGAUGUGCUGUCCUGCUAAUACAUGAUGGAGUAUCUCUAACUGAAAUUGUUUUUGAUUAGCUGAGUUUUUAAUGACAUUUGAUGUACAAGAUGAAGUAUUAUUUGAUCCUAUUUGAAACGUGUAUUGGGGUAGAGAUUAAAACAUAAAUUGAAUUUGAAAAAAAAAACACACAUGAAGAUCCAUACUGGGCAAAAGCCCCAUCAGUGUUCUCAGUGUGGAAAGACCUUUAGUAGGAUGUCUGCUCUCAAGAGACACCAGAGGACCUAUUGAAAUGGUGUGCUCCCCUGAUAGUCCAUCAUGUAUUAUCAUUAUUGAAAUAUUUUUGAUAAGAUGAGUUUCAAUCCAAAUGUGAUGUACAUGAUAAAGUAUUAUUUCUUCAUAUUUGAAACGUGUGGUGGGGUAGAGAUUAAAACAUGAAUUGAAUUAAAAGAAAAAAAA